AUGAUGUUGUCCCCCACUGAAGACGAAGGAAUGUUCGUCCUGAUGCUCGGAGGUCAAGUUGACCAUGCAAAGUGUCUCGCAGACCACGAAGGAUUGAUUAAAAUCCUGCGCGCCAAGACAGGUAGGGAUGAGCUUGUUCUGGAUAGAGUCAAGUGGUUAGCGGAAUAUAGACCGAACAUCCGAAUGGUGAAUAAAUUUGGCGAUGGACGGGUCUUUGUGGCGGGCGAUGCUGUUCAUGUUCACAGCCCAUUUGGCGGACAGGGUGUAAACUCCGUGUGCAGGAUGCAUUCAAUCUGGGCUGGAAACUCGCUGUCGUCCAUAAAGGCCUCGCCUCCCCCACGCUCCUCUUGA